AUUUGUAUUCAGUGCCCGGCCAUACAUUAACCACAAACCCACACACACUCUCUCUCGCUCUCACACACAGCAACUCACAUGGAUCUCGUUAGAUAGCCUUUAUAUUUGCAUUCUCUAACACACCUUCAACUGGCGCAGAGUGGUCGAAGGACAGCGAGAGUGACGCAGGGAGGGUUUAGGCAAAGUUAAGAGGAUCCCCAACCUUACAAAAGAAGCAAGCACACAGUGCAUCGCCCCAUCGGCGGGAACCUUUCUGACCCUCUGCUACCACAGGGCUCGGCCGCUGUCAGGAUGGGCUGGGUGAGCGCACUCUUGCUCCUCACGGUCAUUGGGGAAGUUUGGACCUGUCUCUUUCACCGCGACUGGAGACCGCAAAGUGAGCAGUGCCGAGCCGAACUGGCCGAGACCAUCGUAUAUGCCAAGGUGUUGGCCAUCUACAAGGAUACCUACAGCGUGUACAACUACCUCCCUUGGCAAUAUAACACUGAUCUGUUCUAUUCGGCGGAGGUGGAACUGUUGUGUGACCAAGCUUGGGGCAGCAUGCUGGAGAUGCCGGCUGGAGCCAGGUUUAACCUGACUGGACUGGGCUACUUCCUCUGUCACUCUUACACUGUCAUGGAAAACAACACCUAUUAUUUCUUCAUCAGGAGGGAUGAAAAUGACAACUUGGUGCCACACGGAGUCAAUGAUCAGGAUCCAAUUUUCUCUGACACACCCGAAAACAAGCAGAUGUUCGCUAGCAUCUUCCAGUUCUCCAACUGUGUCAGCGGCACCAAUCAUCAGACGUACACACCUGAGUGGGAACUGCAAGAAGAUAAUCGGCUCCUCUGCUCAAGCGUGCAGAAGGCCCUUUACGAGGAGGAAGACCGGGUGCGGAUGCUCAACCAGAAAGUGAAGUCUCUGGAGAAGUCCAUCAACCAUCUGCGUGAGAAGGUGAAGGGAACUAAACGCUCACUCAGGCAGGUGAAGAAAGAGAGCAAGCGAGAGGCAAUGCUCUUGAAACAGCAGCAGAACAAGGAAAGAGGAAAGUUGAACGCAAAGCAGGACACUGGCAAACCGAUCCUGAAACCAGUCAAGAAACCAGUCAACCACAAACUGUAACGUUCCAGACGCACUGGUUGUAACGGUCUGUAAGUUUGAGAUGAAAUGCUUCCAUGCAUUUCACAUAGAAACACAUGGAAACUACCUACACUAUAACAGCAAUCUAUUCUCAGUAACAUUGUAGUUGUGUCAACUAGAAAAAUAUAGUUGUGUAGCUUGGCUUUCACAUUUGCGUCAUAUUUCUCAGUCAAUUUAAGUUUAUUUUCUGUUUAUAGCAAGAGUAAUUGUGUUUAGAUAGAAGCAAGUUGUAACGGGCAUGGGACCCAAUGCAGAAAACUGGUGGAAACUUCCCUGCAGUGAUUGGCAAGUUGGCAAAACUUUGGCAAGAUUCCACAGGGAAACAAUGUUGACGUGGAAAAUAGAACAACCUGUGCCAAGGCAGGAAUUCAUGAUGUAUUCAUUUAUUAGUAAGAGCAGCUUUUACACAGUCCUGUCUACAUUUCACUGACCAGUUGAACAUCUAAUGUCACCUUUUGAUUACUCUGUAAUGGAUAUCACCUUAACUAUUAUUCCCUGUACAACUCCAUAUUGUAAAACUAAGACAAAAAUGUUCUAAUGAUAAACAGUCUGGAAAGCUCAUUAAGCAGGUAAAAAACACCUCAGGUAUUUAAGGCUUUCAUUAAUAUUGAGUCUAUUGCUAAUUAUGCUGUAAUUUGGUUUAACUUCAUUGAAAGAUUUCACGGAGUGCGGAGUAGUUCAGGGGGUCAGGCGGCAUCUCAGGAGAACAUGGAUAGGUGACGUUCCAGAACUGAAACAUCGCCUGUCCAUGUUGCCUGAGAUGUUGCCUGACCCACUAAGCUACUCCAGCACUCUGUCAUUUUAGCAGCCAGAAUCUGCAGUUCCUUGUUUCUUCAUUUAAAGAUUGUUUUUUCUAAAUAUAAAUGGUUAAUUUGAAUCACCAUCACCAGCAGUCCAUUUUAUAAAGUUAGUGUUUAGACAUCCAGGACCACUUUCCAUUAGGAGUUUGCAAUGUUUUUAAUCACAAUUCCUUUUGUAUAGACGGUGCUUUUUUUCUGUGUGGGUUGGUUUGUGAAUGUUGCUUCAUGCCAUGAUUAACCAAUAAAUAUAUAAUUUCUGUAGAGAGAAGGUGUACCACACAUUAAACUCAGUAACUUGUGAGAA